GGGAAACCCUCCCCAGGGAGGAAAGUCACAGACCUUCCCAUUCCUGGCCUUUUCGCCUGGAGACCUUGAGGCCAGGCGCUGAGGCCUCCGUGGAAGCCGCGGCCAACUAGGGCCUACCUCCUGGCCCUGCAGGCCGCGAGAGUGGCCUGGGGUUUGGAGCGCUGGGGUCACAGAGUUAACUGCGAACUCGAUGGGGCUUCAGCGACGGGCAGCCCCAGCACCCAGCAGCGAAGCCAGCACCCCCGCAAGAGGGCAACCAGGCCCCCACAGGGCAGGCCCGGGCCGGGUCCCAGUCCGGAGAGGCCCCUCGCCCACGGCCGAGGGGGUGGGGCGGCUUCGCCUCGGGCCGGUGCUUUUCGCCCUUCCUUGGCCGCCAGAGGCUCCCUCUCUCCCUCUCUCGCUCUCUCUCUCCUGGGAUUUUGCUGCUGGGCUCCCUCUCUCUGCGGCCCUAGAGUUAAUCCCAUCAGCCGAGAUGAACUUCAGAGUCUUGCUUGGAUAAAACCACUUUGUUAACUCUGUGAAUGACUUGCUAAUACACCUGCUGGGACAGUUGCUGCAGAGUAUGCACUUUGAGAGGUGCUAGGGAAGAGAACUAUUUUUGUUUUUGUUUUUGUUUUCCCCUGGAUCAUUAUGAACAUUGGCUUUUGACCCCUAAAGUCAAAAUGUUGAAGGCAGAGUCUUCAGGUGAACGGACCACUCUCAGAAGUGCCUCGCCGCACAGGAAUGCAUAUAGAACUGAGUUCCAGGCACUGAAAAGCACCUUUGACAAACCCAAGUCGGAUGGGGAACAGAAAGCCAAGGAAGGUGGCGAGGGCUCCCAGCAGAGCAGGGGCAGGAAGUAUGGCUCCAACGUCAACAGAAUUAAAAAUCUGUUCAUGCAGAUGGGCAUGGAACCCAAUGAGAACCCUGCGGUCAUUGCCAAAACCAGGGGAAAGGGAAGACCCUCGUCCCCUCAGAGAAGAAUGAGGCCUAAAGAGUUCCUGGAGAAGGCCGACGGCUCCGUGGUCAAGCUGGAAUCCUCCGUUUCUGAGCGAAUUAGCAGGUUUGACACGAUGCACGAUGGUCCUUCCUAUUCUAAGUUCACUGAGACCCGGAGGAUGUUCGAGAGAAGCAUGCAUGAAUCGGGACCCAACAACCGUUAUUCCCCAAAGAAGGAGAAGGCUGGAGGGGGUGAGCCGCAGGACGAGUCGGGUGGCUCCAAGUCCAACCGAGGCAGCACCGACUCCUUGGACAGCCUUAGCUCCCGAACCGAGGCUGUCUCUCCAACCGUGAGUCAACUGAGUGCAGUAUUUGAGAAUGCUGAUUCCCCAGGGGCUGUCACUGGUGAGAAGGCUGAGAGCAGUGAGUACUCGGUGACUGGCCACUACCCCCUGCACUUACCCACCGUCACCGUCACCAACCUCGACACAUUCGGCCACCUGAAGGAUUCUGAUUCGUGGUCUUCUUCCAGCAAACAAGGUAUUGAUGCAGCCGAUGCUCCCAAGGCUGAUACAGCCCCAGUGCCAGAAGUGGCUUCUAAAGGGACCUCUCCAGCUUUAGUUGGUACUGACGAGAUCCCACAGAGCAAGGAGGCUGAGGAUUCCUCGUCUAUCCGGGACGCCCCUGAAGAACCCUGUGCUGAACAUCAGGCAGUGCCUAAGUCUGGGAUCCUCUCCCCACCCCACGAAUCUUUGGAAGAAGCUGAAGCAGAUUUGGUGGGGGGGGAGGCAGCCAAGCCACCAAGGAAAGACCCCGCAGGUGGGGAUUUCAUCUCUCCGGCAGCUUCUGCAGACACUUGUGGGAAAGAAGCACUCGAAGACGUGCAGGAGUUGGAGUGUUCUCAUGUAUACAUGCACAGUGACUACAACGUGUACAGAGUGAGAUCCAGGUAUAAUUCAGACUGGGGAGAGACAGGUACCGAGCAGGACGAGGAGGACGACAGUGACGAGAACGACAGCUAUCAGCCUGACAUGGACUACUCCGAAAUCCUUGGGCUGCCGGAAGAAGACGAAAUCCCAGCCAACAGGAAGAUCAAGUUCAGCAGUGCUCCUAUUAAGGUGUUCAACACGUACUCCAAUGAAGAGUACGACAGGAGAAAUGACGAGGUGGACCCCGUGGCCGCUUCAGCAGAGUAUGAGCUCGAGAAACGAGUAGAAAAGCUGGAACUCUUCCCAGUGCAUCUGGAGAAAGAUGAGGAUGGUCUUGGCAUCAGUAUCAUCGGAAUGGGUGUUGGAGCAGAUGCCGGGCUUGAAAAGCUGGGCAUAUUUGUGAAGACGGUCACCGAAGGCGGUGCUGCCCAGCGGGACGGCAGAAUACAAGUCAAUGACCAGAUUGUGGAGGUGGAUGGAGUCAGCUUGGUGGGUGUCACUCAGAAUUUUGCUGCAACAGUUCUCAGAAACACCAAGGGCAACGUCAGGUUUGUUAUUGGACGGGAAAAACCAGGACAAGUCAGUGAGGUUGCCCAGCUCAUCAGCCAGACACUGGAGCAGGAGAGGCGCCAGAGAGAGCUGCUGGAGCAGCACUACGCCCAAUACGACGCUGACGAUGACGAGAACACUGUGGCUGAAAUGCAAGGAGUGUCUGGCAACUGCAAUAACAAUAACAACUGUUUCAUGAAGACAGGGGAAUACGCAACAGAUGAAGAGGAAGACGAGGCAGGGCCUGCUGUUCCUGGCGGGGACAUGGCCAUUGAGGUCUUUGAACUGCCUGAGAACGAAGACAUGUUUUCUCCAUCAGACCUGGAUACAAGCAAGCUGAGCCACAAGUUCAAAGAGUUGCAAAUCAAACAUGCAGUCACAGAGGCAGAGAUUCAAAAAUUGAAGACGAAGUUGCAAGCGGCGGAAAAUGAGAAAGUGAGGUGGGAACUAGAAAAAUCCCAACUCCAGCAAAACAUUGAGGAGAAUAAAGAGAGAAUGCUCAAGUUGGAGAGCUACUGGAUCGAGGCUCAAACGUUAUGUCACACAGUGAACGAACAUCUCAAAGAGACGCAAAGCCAGUAUCAGGCCCUGGAAAAGAAAUACAACAAGGCCAAGAAACUGAUCAAGGAUUUUCAACAGAAAGAGCUUGAUUUCAUCAAAAGACAAGAAGCUGAAAGAAAGAAAAUAGAAGAAUCGGAGAAAGCUCAUCUUGUGGAAGUUCAAGGCCUGCAAGCACGGAUUAGAGAUCUGGAAGCUGAGGUGUUCAGACUACUGAAGCAAAACGGGACCCAAGUGAAUAACAACAACAACAUCUUCGAGCAGAGAACAUCGCUCGGUGAGGUCCCCAAAGGAGAUACCCUGGAGAACCUGGAUGUCAAGCAAACCUCUUGCCCAGAUGGCUUAAGUCAAGACCUGAACGAAGCAGUCCCAGAGACAGAGCGCCUAGAUUCAAAAGCUGUGAAAACCCGUGCCCAGCUCUCGGUGAAGAGCAGACGCCAGCGACCCUCCAGGACAAGACUCUAUGACAGCGUGAGCUCAACGGACGGCGAGGACAGUCUGGAGCGCAAGCCUUCCAACAGUUUCUAUAACCACAUGCAUAUUACCAAACCACUUCUAGCUGAGGGUUUGAGAACUUCUCCAGAAUCAGAUUCUGGUGCCCCACCCCUCAGCCUGGUGGCCAGCGAUGUGUCCUUCUCGCCUGACCACGUAGCUGAAUUUCAAGAAGAAUCCCAGGACCCUGAGAGGGAGCCCUGCUCCUCUGUCUGGGGAGACACAACCCCCUCCUCUCCUUCAAAAUCAGACCAGGACAUGGAAGACUCUCCUUGCCACCAUCAAGCCACCUCUAAGAAAGUAACACAAGAAAAAGAUGGUGCCAAAGGUCCCAGAUCACCAAAGACUUCCAGUUCGUUGGUGGCACAAGGAGGAAAAAUUAAACAGAAGUUUGUGGAUCUAGGUUUAAUGACUGUGUGCUGUCAUUAUAGGGCACCUUUGCGAAGGAAUUCCAACAAGGGAAAGAAGUGGAAAGAGAAAGAAAAGGAAGCCACUAGGUUUUCUGCAGGUAGCAGGUACUGGCUCUUCCGAGGCAGACUGAACAGCUGGAAGCCCAGGCCACCUUCCACAGCUCAGGCCUCUGCCCGCUCCCCUUGCAUGCCUUUCUCAUGGUUUAACGAAAGUCGCAAAGGAUCCUAUGCCUUCGGAAACCUGCCGUCACCUCCAAGCCCCCUUCAGCCUUCUCCUGAGACUCUAAAUUCAGAUAAAAAGGGGUCCAAGAAUUUUACCUUCAAUGACGACUUCAGUCCCAGCAGUACCAGUUCUGCAGACCUGAGUGGCCUGGGAGCAGAACCCAAAACUCCAGGGCUCUCGCAGUCCGUAGUGCUGUCAUCAGAUGAGAGCCUGGAUAUGAUAGAUGAUGAGAUCCUUGAUGACGGACAGUCUCCCAAACACAGUCAGUGUCAGAAUCGGGCCGUUCAGGAGUGGAGCGUGCAGCAGGUCUCCCACUGGUUAAUGGGCCUAAAUCUGGAGCAGUAUGUAUCUGAAUUCAGUGCCCAAAACAUCACUGGAGAGCAGCUCCUGCAAUUGGAUGGAAAUAAACUGAAGGCUCUUGGAAUGACUUCAUCCCAGGACCGGGCAGUGGUCAAAAAAAAACUCAAGGAGAUGAAGAUGUCUCUAGAGAAAGCUCGGAAGGCCCAAGAGAAGAUGGAAAAGCAAAGAGAAAAGUUAAGGAGAAAGGAACAAGAGCAAAUGCAGAGGAAGACCAGAAAGACAGAGAAGCUGGCGUCCACUGCUGUGGAGGGCGCUGGCGAGCAGUGACGCACCUCUGCCAAGGGGCAAAGCUCUCGCAGAGAGCCCGCUGUUCCCUGCCUGCCCCUUGCCCGGAAGAUAAGGGGGACGGACGACCUGGUAGUGCAGCUGUAGGCAGCUUGAGGAACAAUGUGCUGAGGAAUUGUGUUUUCUGCCAUGAUAGAACGCACUCGUAAUUCUAACCUAUUGAUAUCAUCCUUUGACACCUCUGGUUUAUUAACAAACCAGAGAGCUCAUUUGUGAGAGAUGCAAGGUAGCAAAUCUUUUCCAUACCAACAUCCUGUGAUGUGUUGGAUGUGUUGUGUCCCUGGGAGAACCAGCAGGAACCUGCCUGGCGAGAGCAUGACACACCCUGGUGUUGUUCAUGGAGUGUAUUUUCAGUGUGAGGUCUAGAAAGUGAUCGACCAUGCAUUUCUGCACAGCCUAGAGCACCCUGCUGUGAGAUCUGGGAUCAGGACGGAAUGUCUAGAUGGCAGAUUCUGUUUCUGUGUUUGGGGACAUGCUCCCCUUCAGUAGGACAACCCCAUGGGGAGAGUACCCCAUGGGCACUCUGCCAAGUGAUCACACUCUGAAGAGAAUGGCUCACCCACCUGUGUUCCUGCAAGGAGCCAGAAAGAAGGAAUUAGAGCUAUUUGUUAGCUGUAGAAGGAGCAGAAGCCUUAAGCAUGUGGAUGAGUUAUUACCUUGGAAUUCUGAGGGUAACAUUUAUCCUCCAGGUACUCCUGAAUGAAGAAAAACAUCGGACACUAUUGCCGCAGUGGGAUAUUGGGAUGUGCUGUUUACUUGGCUGCCGCUGUGUGCUCAGUAUGUCAGCAACACCAGCAAAUGCAACACGGUUCAUUUUCUUCCCCCAGCCCCAAAAGAUUGAACAGGAAAUUGAUUUUCAAGGAAAUCCAGUAUUUUCACAUGUCCUCUCAUGGGGAACAUUCUGCCUGUGACACAUCAGGAACUUGUCAAUAUUUUCUACUCAACAUUUCCCAAGUGGGCUCAGUUAGUGUUUUAACAAAUGAUCUUUUAAGAAAAAAUUAUCGGUUAAAGAAAAUCUUAAGUUUGCAUAACAUCCAGCCCACAGAUGAUGCGUUCGGGGACACAGAAGUUUCCUCCCAAGGAGAGCUGUCUACUCUGUUUUACAAAAGUUUCAAGUGGUCUCUUCCUAGGAUUCUCUUCCAAAGUUUAAGAGAUUUUCACUGUAUGGCUCCAGUUUGCUUUCAGCAGUCCACAGACGACACCUGAGCAGUAGAAGAACUUUACAGAAUUCUUUUCAAGCCAGUAUUAAGGAGUUCAGUAUUUUACCAAAGUCGAGUGUGGGAGACUAGAGCAGGUGGAGAAGGCAAAACUCCUCUGGAGAGAGUGGGUUGUAUUAGUCUGCUUGCUUUUGUUUUCCUUGUUAUGCUUGGGGAUUUGGUUCUCUUGGCUGCACUGCUCUCAGAUGAGGUCACCUGCUUUCUAAAGGACACCUUGCAGAGUGAGACUCGCUGCCGGCUGAAUUCUUAGAUGAUGGUUUUACAUCCUUUGCCACUGUUAGGGCCCUGCUCUGUUCUCAGCACUCCAUGACUCUCCAUCGGAAGUGGUGUAUUUGCAGAGCCUUGGGACAGUGUUUGAGCGACACAGCUAUCAGAGAAGUCAGGGACUUCUUGCCCUCUUAGCCCAAUCGUGGAUUCUAAAAGUGUAAUUUUCUCUUUUCUUAUCAGAAUAUUGAUUUCUGGAGUUGUCCAAAUAAGAAAUUUGUAAUCCUCUCCCUACCCCCAAGGCCACUUUCCUCUUCAGUUGGAAUUGAAUCUGUUUCAUUAUAGGUAGCAGUCAUGCAUUCAUGAUCCUCAGCCAGGGUGACAGAGAGGAACACUGUGUUUUACCAUGAUCAAAGUCACUGCUGUGCUAUCCUCUCCAUCUUCACACGGGGUCUGAUAAUGAAACUGCCGUGCUGGAUGCUCUGUGAAUAUCUUAAGAUGUCUGGUGCUUCGCUAUUUAUUAAUAUUACAAGAAACGAGAAGCCACUAUUAACGAACUAUGAAAUUUGGAAGGUUUUUUUCCUAAUACUAAAGUAUUACUAAAUUAUUAAGAUCUGCUUUGUAAGUUUUUGCCAUUUUUGCUUAUAUUUGGGGAAAAAAACGUGAUCUGGAUAACACUGGAAGUUUCACUGCAUUCAUUCCAAGGGUGGAACUAGAAGGAUGAUUUAUCAUGAGUUAUGUUUACAUGUGGGUAAUAUUUGAAAAUGGAUGUAAAUAUUGAAAAUGUCUAUAAGUCUGUCUCGCACAUAAUUUAUGAUCUAUUAUACUGCAUUUUAUUACAUAUCUUAAAAAUAUUAUUCUUUAUUAUAACUUUAUUUGUACAUUUCCAGUAUUUAGAUCAGUGUCCCUAUAAUCCUGACAAUGUUAUGAAUCAAAUUGUAAUUCAGUCAUCUAGUUUGAUUUAUAGCUAUUUUUAAGUUAAAUUAUAGUAUUUUUAGGUCAGACUGAAUUACUUUAGCAUUACUGCUUUCAACUGCUGAAUGUAUGAAAGACAUCCAAUUUGCUAUAAGGGUGUGAUAACAAAGUGAAGGACCUCAGGGUUUUGUGAGCAUUUUGUGUUCCCAUGACUUCUUUUAGUGGCUGUAGAGCAUGAUGUCUAAUCAAGGUUCCAGUGUCUUGCACAAUUCCCACUUUAUUGCUCUGGGUUUUCAGUGUACACCCAAUUUAAUACAAAAUUGUUGCUUCAUGAAGCUUAAAAGACUUUUGCUUUCUUAUCAGGAAAUGAACAAAAAGGGAAUAUGCAAUCACCAAGAGACAUAUCCCCUAAGCUCGUGACAAACAUCCUCAAAGGACAGCUUGAUGCCAAACGUAUUUGGGGUAUAGGUAAGGCUAUUCAGGGUGAGUGUGGGUGGCAGGGCCAAACUUCCGAGAGCAUUGGCUGAGCUGUGUCUGGGCUAUGGUUUUCCAUCAAAGGAUUUGAGUUUUAUAAUAGAUGUUUUGUUGAAGGCCUUCUCCCUUGAGAUAACUCGCAGUCUGUGCAAUCUUUUCCUCAUUCUUUUCUUGCCAGAAUCUGGAGUUUGCUCCCGAGUGUUCAGUGAGGGCAGAAACCUCAUGUCUCCUGUUCUAACUCUCUGAUGAGUGCUGCCUUUUGGUUUCGUGACAGGGAGCUGUGUUGUGCUGUCUCCCUCAGCAGGGACAGCCAUUGAUUUCCCACAUCCCAACAGCACAUACGCUUCUUUACCCACAGUAGUUCAUGGUUGCUCAAGCUUUCAACUGGCCUGAAAACAUGAGACCAUCUAUCUUGUGUUCUAUGGCUGUUUGAAAUAAAAGUCACGAGAAGAAAAAUGGAAGACCAAAUUAAUCCUUGUCACUGCCUGUGACCCUAAAGUUAUCUUCUAGCCUUGAACUCUGACAAUGUCCUAAGCCCAGAGUACAACAAUCAUCCCAGG